AUGUCAAAUAUAGAUGAUGUAUCAAAGGUAAAUUAUGAAAGGAAAAAGACAAAUAAGAAGGAUAAUGAUGAUCGACAGUGGGGGACGGUUGAAACUGGGCUUGAAGAAAGAGAAGAAGGACAGGAAAUAAGUGGUAGAAAAGAUUCAAUGGCAUCAUCAACAAAUUUUAAUGAUGCAUGCAUAACAAAUGGUUCUAAUAUGUACCCCCAUCUGCUACCUUCUUCUUCCCGGACACUUCCAUUUUCAUCUUCAUCCUUAAAAAAGAAGACUGAAAUGUUUUACAUUGAUGACUCAAAAUCCCUGACAAGUUUUAGCAAUCCUGGCUUUGAUUUGAGCCUCAGUUUAAAAGAAGAAGAUGACGUCAAAGCUGAUGACAUAAUUAAUAAUAAUGAUGAUAAUGAGGGUGAUAAUAAACGUCAGACUAUUAAGUAUGUGACAUCUUUUAAGAGCAGCGACAGAAAUAACAUGACUGAAUGUAGACGAAGUGUUAGAGAUGAUUGUUUAAAUACUGGUGAAAAAAGUAUCAACAACAAAAACGUAACAUUGACAGCCCCAAGGACAUUGACGACAACAAACUUUACAUCAGUGACGACAUUCACAACGACACCAGUAACAACAAAUAGGCCCUUCAUAUCAUGUAUCAAUCAUCAUCUCGAUUGUGGCUGUUCUUUCAAAAGCAAAAAAAAUAUUUGUAACAAUAAUAAUGGUAACGACAAUGAGGAUGGUAAAAACCACGACGAUAAUAAAGGAAUAGUGAACUUAUCCUUGUUAUUAAGCGAUGAUGUUGAUAAUGCUUCCAGACGGUCGUCAUCCUCUGUUGAAAGAAGCGGGGUAAGCAGUAUUUCAACAUUUCAAAGAAGUUACGAGCUAGAUAAAUCACUGGCCAAUGUUAUAGCGCUUCACAGAAGUUUUGAGUCAAGUCCGUACCCCAGACCGUUUUUAAGUAGAAUGCAAUCAAAUGAUGUUGGCUCUAUGGAGAAUAUUGACAUUGUUUUUCAACAGAGGACAGCUUUGUGA